UAGUCAAUGGAGCGCAUGUAUACAUCCUUGGAUAUUAAUUCCUAGAUAAAUAUGUCCACAACAAAACCCGAAGUAAUGGUACGAGAAUGGCGACAGCACUCGUACAGACGUUCGUGGCCAAGGCAGCGCGGCACAAAUGCUAUAUAGAGUGCAAGGAAGGAAUUUGCUAGUAUUAUAGAAACCGUCAAAUAACUUGAGAAUUCUUCGCUGGUGGAUAUUGUGGAAUAGAGAUCCAUCUCAGAACAAUGAAUCCGCAGCUGAAGGAAUGGGUCAAGGGCAACGGGUCUGCGGUGAAGAAGGAGGAGAAUUUCACCAUCUAUGAGUUAAAAGUCAACGUGAAGCAUGAGGACUUGGAGAACAAGGUCCGCGUGGUGACGGUCGGCCCCGAGAACGACCUCGAGACGAAGACGGUGCUGCUCCUCGGAGAGACCGGGGUCGGGAAGACGACGUUCCUCAACACGUUCCUCAACAUGGUGUUCGGCGUUGGGCUGGAGGAAGAGCUCCGCCUCCAGUUCAAGGACCAGAUGGACCAAGCGAAGGACUCGACGCAGAGCCAGACCGAGUACACGACGGCCUUCACCAUCUACCGGCAGGAGGGGAUGCCUCAGCCCUUCAACUACAUGGUGAUCGACACGCCGGGCCUGGGGGACACCGAGGGGGACCAGAAGGACAAGGUCAACGAGAAAAGCCUCAGAUUCUACCUGACCAACGAGGCCUGGAUCAAGCAUCUCAACUGCGUGGGGCUGGUGUGGAAGGCUUCCAAUCGACGGCUGGACGAGCACAAUCAAGCAGUUCUCUCAAAGAUUAACAGUGUUCUGGGAUUUGACAUGAAAGCAAUCACCGAUGUUUUACUUACAUUUUCCGGCACAGAAGACCCUGCGGCAGUCCAGAUUAUUGAAGCUGCUGGAAUUGAAUAUAAGAACGCAUUUCACUUCGAGAACAUGCCUCUUUAUAAGUGUCCGGCGAAGGGCAUGGGUGCAUUCCAUGCUCUGACUUGGGAAGCUAUGGCAUAUAACCACAGCCAAUUUCUCAACGGACUGAACCAGAGACAGCCUCAGGAGCUGAAGAUCACAGCGCGACUUCUCCUCGCGCAAGCCAAACUGGAGGAGGUACAGAUGCGUGUGAGUGAGCUCGGGAAGAGUUUGGCUCUGACUUUAGACCAACUGCAAAGUCAUCAAGCAAAGAUGAGCGCUCUUGAAGCAACGGCAGCAAAGGUAGACUAUGAUAAGAUAGAGCACCUGCGAAGCGAAGAGAUUGUGUUGGACGACGGCCGACAUUGCCACUUUUGCAAUCUGUGUCAGAGUGUGUGUGUGAAAGAGUGCACAGACGAUCAUCAGACAGCAAAGGAUCAUUCUGACAUGGAUGACUGUGCUGAGGUACAAGGGGCAGAAGGGUCUUUCGUGCUGGAACAAAAGGUUGUGGAAGUUAAUUACACUAACACUUUUUCAAAUAUAAUUGCCACUCUCAAAGCGAAAGCAGGAAUGAUCCUAGGUGUGAUCGUGAAUUUUCUUAUAUCCGAGGACAAGACGCAAAGCUUGCAUUCGAACGAGGGAAGUCAGCGAUGCCCGGUGUGCCAGCAUGUGGUGUUUAAGCACGAGAUCAGAAACAAGAUCUUGGCCAAGGACGCCAACUUCAAGCAGAAGAUGGAACUACUGAAGAAAAUGAAGUACCAGGAAGUGGUUCGUGAGAAGAGCCUACUGCAGUCAGAGAUUAAGGCAAUUCUGGCGAAGCAGGAGAAAUUCGAGAAACUAAAAAAGGAGGAACUCAAAGUCCUGGAGGAAAUGCAAAAGGAGGUUGAGAGGCUGCAGACAGGCCAGCUGAUAGGCUGAGGAACAAACGACAGGCACACGUGUACACACAAACAGUAUGCACCAUAUCUCUGUCUCUGCAUAUGCAUAUGUAUGUGUUUAUAUCUGUAUAUAUGUAUAUAUUAAUGGAUUUACAUAUACAUACAUAUAAAUAUAUUCAAAUUCAAAUGUAAAUCUUGCGUUCCUCAUAGGAUCAGAGCCUACCCCUCUUUGGACAGCCUCGAGUUCAGAGCCUCCGGAAUUUUCUUCUUUUUUAGAAACUUUUCAAAACUUCUCGUUUUAGGAAUUUUGUUUCCGUGGCUUUAUUUCCUUCAGUGUUAUGAAUUGUAAUGUUUUUAGUGUCACUGUGUAUAUGAUUUCAGUUGCAGCUAAGUAGGCGAGCAUUCACGCAGCCUAAUAACAGAAGGAACCACAGGCAAGAAUUCUAUUG